GAACAAAACAUCGAAGAAAUAUGGAUAUUCAUAGAGCUCGUUUUGUAGACUAUUCUCCGCACACCAUCACUGCGAUGGCUUUCAGCCAUAAGUCGCAAGCGGAUGCGGCUGCACCAGCCAAUUUACGUCUCGCUGUCGGUCGUAGUAAUGGUGACAUUGAAGUAUGGAACCCUAGACAUGGAUGGACUCAUGAAUUAACCCUCUAUGGUGCACGUGGACGCUCUAUCGAAGGUUUGUGUUGGGCUCUGGAUGACCAAGUUCCACGGUUGUUCUCCAUUGGUGGAUCUACUGUAGUCACCGAAUGGGAUAUGACUACUCAAAAGCCUGCGGCAAAUUAUGAUUGUAAUGCCGGGAUCAUCUGGUCUAUCGAUAGCAGUGCUUCUGGAAAGAACUUGGCCGUCGGUUGUGACGAUGGUUCUGUUGUUAUAAUAGAUAUUUCUGGCGGUCCAGGAUCUCUUGAACAUCUGUUGGUAUGUCAAAGACAAGAUCUGAGAGUUUUGAGUGUAUGUUGGUAUGAAGAUGAACUUGUUGUCGGGGGAUGUGCUGACGCUCGUUUGAGAUGUUGGGCUACUGGCGCUGUGGGAAGCACUGGAAGAGGUAGACUUAUUGGAACCAUGAGAGUUGAUAAAUCCAAAACUGAAAGUACUUUGGUUUGGUCUGUUCAAGUCCUUCCUGAAAGUCGUCAAAUUGUUAGUGGUGACUCCACUGGUUCUGUUAAAUUCUGGGACUUAAACCAACACACAUUGAUCCAAAGUUUCAAAGUGCAUGAUGCCGAUGUAUUAUGUGUUGUACGUGAUGCAUCUGAAUCCAAGAUUUUCUCCGCUGGUGUUGAUCGUAAGAUCCAUCAAUUCCAAUUGAUCAAGCCAUCAUCUUCCACAAAGUCUUCUAAAUGGGUACACAUUAACAGUAGAUUGUUACACUCCAAUGAUGUCAGAACCAUGGCCGUUUACGAAGCAAGAGGAUGUAACUUUUUGUUAAGUGGAGGUGUAGAAAAAUCCAUUGUUAUCCUGUCCGUUUCACAUUUCCAUGACGGAAGAUACAGAAAACUUAGUGUAACACAACAAAGACCAAAUGUUACCGUUAAUGAGGACCAAAAGUUGAUUGUGAUGUGGCAAGAUCAAACCGUCAAGGUAUGGAAGGUUCUUAACGAAGAUGGCACUGGUAAAACUCAUAAACUUGUAUCUAAAUUGAGUUUAGCAGAUGAUGAAAACAUAACUCAUGUCCUGAUAAAUGAUGAAGCUUCACUUUUAGCUGUCUCAACAUUGACUUCUGUUAAAUUGUUCCAUUUAACUCAUGAUAAUAAAAAGGUUACUGUUCAAAAGAUUAGAGACACAAACUUCGAUCUGUUGGUUGAUGGAGCUAAACAAGUUGUUUUAUAUUCAGCUGAUAAGCUUCUUAUAUUGACUGCUGAUAAUGAGAUUUACAACUUCCGUAUCUCCGAAGAGUCAAUAGAAUUAGAAUCCGAACUUGAAACUCAUGAACUGGCAAACUCAAUCAAGCACCCAUACGGAAAUAACAUUAACAAUAUUGUUAUUUCUCAAGACAAUUCACAAGUUGUAAUUUCCCGCUUCAAUGGUUUGGUAGAGGUACUUUCUCUCAAGGGAGAAGAAUCGUUUGUCUUGACUAAAUUGUCUAGUUGUCCACAUAUCAUGUGCUUCUCGCAUUCAAAUACUUUAUUGGUUGUUACUGACGAAAAUAAACUCUACGAAUUCUAUGUUAGAAAUAAAAAAACCACCACUAAGGCUACCAAUACUGUUUCCUUGCUUACACCAUGGUCCAAGAGAAACUCUGAAUUCCUUCCUAAACAAUUCUUGACUUUGGAAGAUAAACCACACGGAAUGUUCAUUGAUCAAGAUUCAACCUCUAAGAGAGUAUGGAUUUAUGGAUCUAAUUGGCUCUCGUUCUUUGAUUUGUCUGAAAAUAUUCCUAUCAAUAAACAAUACCAAAACAUGUCGAACUCAAAUAGAAAGAGAGACAGAGAUGGUUUACAAGUUCAAGGGUCUACCGUUGAAGAUGAAAAUAAUCAAGAAAUCGAUGGAAAUAUCAACAUUCUCGAGGAUAAUGUGGAGAUUUUGGAAUUAUCAUUAAAGCAAAGUCAAAUUGAUAGCCUCAGAGAAAAGAUACAAAGUGAUGAACAAACAUUAAAUACUAGUGAUACCAAACCAUUCUGGAUGACUUCCAAGUAUAGACCAAUCUUGUCAGCAAGACUGUUCUUGGAUGGGAUCAUUGUGGUGGAAUUACCUUCUUUGGUAUCCUCCACCCCUGCUUUCGAUUUACCAAAGCUCAAAGUAUAGUUGCAUAUAGAUGAUAGAGGAACGAAAAUAAAAGUACGAAAAUGGUUUUUUAAUUAACUCUUUUAAAUAUACAUUAACACAUAGAUUCUCCACUGUUUUCCUCGCAUACCCUCCCCGAGUGUGUUUUUUUUUAUUAGUACAC